GCCCGGCGCACUGGGGGUACGUGCUGGGCGGCCGGGGCCGCGGCCCGGACGAGUACGAGAAGCGCUACAGCAGCGCCUUCCCGCCGCAGCUGCGCGCCCAGAUGCGCGACCUGGCGCGGGGCAUGUUCGUCUUCGGUUACGACAACUACAUGGCGCACGCCUUUCCCCAGGACGAGCUCAACCCCAUCUACUGCCGCGGCAGAGGGCCCGACCGCGGGGACCCCUCAAACCUGAACAUCAAUGAUGUGCUCGGGAACUACUCGCUGACUCUGGUCGAUGCCUUAGAUACACUUGCAAUAAUGGGAAAUUCAUCUGAGUUCCAGAAAGCAGUCAAGUUAGUGAUCAACACAGUUUCCUUCGACAGAGAUUCCACCGUCCAGGUCUUUGAGGCCACAAUAAGGGUCCUGGGAAGCCUCCUUUCAGCCCACAGAAUAAUAACCGACUCCAAGCAGCCCUUCGGUGACAUGACAAUAAAGGAUUAUGAUAACGAACUUUUGCACAUGGCCCAUGAUCUGGCUGUGCGGCUGCUCCCAGCCUUCGAAAACACCAAGACAGGGAUCCCCUAUCCUCGGGUGAAUCUGAAGACAGGCGUUCCUCCUGACAGCAAUAAUGAGACGUGCACGGCAGGAGCUGGGUCCCUGCUGGUAGAAUUUGGGAUUCUGAGCCGGCUGCUGGGGGAUUCCACGUUUGAAUGGGUGGCCAGACGGGCAGUGAAAGCCCUUUGGAGCCUUCGGAGCAACGACACAGGAUUGUUAGGCAACGUUGUGAACAUUCAGACGGGCCGCUGGGUUGGAAAGCAGAGUGGCUUGGGUGCUGGACUGGACUCCUUCUAUGAAUACCUCUUGAAAUCUUACAUUCUCUUUGGAGAAAAAGAAGACCUAGAGAUGUUUAAUGCUGCAUAUCAGAGUAUUCAGAACUACUUAAGAAGAGGGCGGGAGGCCUGUAACGAAGGUGAAGGAGACCCUCCCCUCUACGUCAAUGUGAACAUGUUCAGCGGGCAGCUGAUGAACACCUGGAUCGACUCUCUGCAGGCCUUCUUCCCCGGACUGCAGGUCCUGAUAGGAGAUGUGGAAGAUGCCAUCUGCCUCCACGCCUUUUACUACGCCAUCUGGAAACGCUACGGGGCCCUCCCGGAGAGGUAUAACUGGCAGCUGCAGGCCCCCGACGUCCUGUUCUACCCGCUGAGACCAGAGUUAGUGGAGUCCACGUAUCUCCUCUACCAGGCGACCAAGAAUCCCUUCUACCUCCAUGUAGGAAUGGACAUUCUGCAGAGUCUGGAAAAGUACACAAAAGUCAAGUGCGGGUACGCCACGCUGCAUCACGUCAUAGACAAGUCCAAAGAGGACCGCAUGGAGAGCUUCUUCCUCAGCGAGACCUGCAAAUACUUGUAUCUGCUCUUUGAUGAGGAGAACCCAGUGCACAAAUCUGGAACCAGAUACAUGUUUACAACAGAGGGACACAUUGUCUCGGUGGAUGAGCAUCUUCGGGAGUCACCCUGGAAGGAGUUCUUCUCCGAAGAGGGAGGGCCGGACCAAGAGGGAAAGCCUAUGCACAGGCCCAGAUCUCAGGAGCUGAAAGUCAUCAACUCUAGCUCCAACUGCAAUCGUGUUCCUGACGAGAGGAGGUACUCCCUGCCCUUAAAGAGCAUCUACAUGCGGCAGAUCGACCAGAUGGUCGGCCUGAUCUGACCUGCUCUCCUCCUGCGGGCUCUCGUACACCAGGCCUACGCAGCCGACCCCAGGCCAUGCCCGUGUGCAGUCUGACAUGCACGAGGUGGAAGCCUGGCCGUCUGCUGUGCUGUAGGAGUUUCUGUCCGGCUCCUCACCCACAUCGGGUGAAUUCUUGCACACUCUGUUUCUCCUCUGUUAAUAAAAUGCCCCGUUGUUCUUCAGGAUAUGGUUUGAAAUGAGAAAGUACCUGGAAAGGGGCUGCUUCAGCCCUGCUCCUGCCGCUCAGCUAAACGACGGGGCAUCUUUGGCUUGCUCUUCAUGGCUUCCUCCGUCAGAAUCCAGGCCCCCUCACCAAACUGCAGUAAUUUGCUACCUCUUUAUUAGAGGGCCAGGAGGAACUCUGUACAAGAGCCAGAGUGUAAGUGAUAAGUCGCCACCCUGCUUACUACGCAGAAAAUGUCAUCCUCCCUCUCUCAUUGGAUCACUGGGCUCUCCCCCAGACACCCGCCUACGAUUUUGGAUCACAUGGGGGAAUCCGGUUAUUUCUUCCUAGCCGAGGUCAUCUUGACAGUGUUACACUUCAUUCGUUUAAGAAUAAGGGCCUUAGCAGAAUUCCGGCAGCAGUCUCCUGGGCUGUCCUGGUAUGGAGGCUAAGCGACAGGUGUCUCAGGUGGAGUUUUGUAUCUACUUUGAACAUGAAUGUACCUGAGGAGCCACAGGUCCAGAACCAGGUGCCUUUUCGGGAGAGAAAAAUACCUACGUUUGUCUGAGCUUCUGACUCUCUGGGGUCUCCUAGGCUUCUCAGUUCCAACUGCAUUGGGGGUAGAGCCUUCUUUUCGUUCUGUGUCGAGUGCCAAUUAGCUGAAUCGGGGAGACGGCCAGGGUGUCCUUGAGCCACUUCUCUGCGUAGCAUCGGCAUUGGGUUAGUGCCUGUGUGGGAGAGGUCCGGCCCCCCGGCGACCAGCUGCUGUGUGCUUUCGGCGGGCUCCUGGGCAAUGCCGUGUGUGGGGCCAGAGUGAGCAGGGAGGCUGUGGGCAUCAGGUAGAUUCUGUGAAUCGCCUUUCAACCUGUCACUGUAAGCAAGCCUACAGAAGGAGGCGGUCACACCGAAACAGCUUCUUCUUCCUGCCAGUUUCCUUAGCCAGAACAGAAGCACCGCUCCUUGAACGUCCGCCAAGUGCUCUUAUGAAGCUGCGCUGGGCUUGCCCCGCUCUGGCUUCUGGGCUGCCUCCCAGGAGAACGGGAGGGCAACCGCUUAGUCUCUCCAACCUCACGCGUCGUGUUUCUCCCCUCUUGACUCUUUGCAUACUCAGAGUGAUUUCAUUUUAGUCUUUUAAAAGUUAGAAAUAGGUGUUGUGCAAGCCAUCACAUUAUUACUCAAAAGGGAAAACUGAUUCCUUCUUGGGAAUUUACAUGUUCCUAUUUAUGAAAUAGAUACAGAAUUCAGUUCUUUGAGAUUUUUAAAAAGGAUAUUUCCACUGAUAAAUGUGUCACCUCUAUCUUUUAAAUAUUUACUAUGCAAAUUGUUUUAAAGUAAAAGAACAAAACAAAUACUUCUAUUUUGCCUUUUUUUUUGUUUAUUUCAGAGCAUUAUUCAGUUUAUCAACAGUAUCUCAUUUGCCGAAUAGAAAAUUUUUGAGACUACUGUAUGUUUUAAAUGUGUUCAUUUCAUCGGCUCAGCGAAUACGUUAAACACGCACGUGCACACACGUGUGUACCUGCGCCCUUUCUCUGGGCAGAUCCAGGUGGGACUAUUAAUGACCCACUUGAGAGGAUGGGGUGCCUCAGGGAAGGAAGUGAGUUUUUGCCUCAGUGUUCUCUGCAGGCUCCUCCUGGCUCCCCCCAGCUUCUGCGGCCACGUGACGUGUAAGCACCUCAACAUUCCCCUGCAGCGUUGCCCUUCUCAUCCGGGCUCUCCCCCUGAACUCUCCAGCAAGAUCAGCAUUUCUUCCUCUUGGUUCUCUUGAAAUAUGGACCCGUGCCUGGCAGCACCGUCGUGCCUUGCGUGUCACAGAUGCAUCUUACGCGCCACGGGCGGGCGUGAACCAUUUUUUGUAGUAAGUCUCAAACCCUCUUCACUUCUGGGCACUGGACUCAUGCCAGUGGCAGGACUGAGGGUGAAUGAGGUAGUGCAUGUUGCCUGGUUCCUGAACUUCCAGACCAGCCAGCCUAACUUGGAUGCUACGUAAGCAGUGGUUUGUGGGGCUGGGUGCCAGAAGGCUGUCCAGGGCCCAUCAUAAAAAGAAGGUUUUUGAAGCUGAGUUCAAAGCUUACUUGGCUUCUGUCUGAAAAUCCGGGUGUCAGCAACUGCGACGCAUCCUUCUGCUGAUCCUUCUCUUCGUGUUCUGAAACACUGGGUAGGGGAGGUGAGGAACGGAAGGGCAGAGGAACUUUCUUUCUCAGGGCUUGCCUCAGGAAGGCCUUGAAACUGAAUGGACAUUUCUUUAGAAACAGCCAUGAGCCUGGACCACCCUCAUGUCCCCACAGGUAGCUAGUGUCCAGGGCCAGCCCUGGUCAGCGGGACGAUCACGGUUUUACAAAACUCUAGAAAACUGCCUCAUAGCCAGGUGUGGAGGAUUCUCCUCCCAGAACAAAGUCCCGAAUCAUUAUGGGGCAGGCUUAGCUACUGUCGACGAGGUGUCUGAGGAACUCCCUUCUCCUACAAGAGUGGAUGACAAAGCAAGUGAUCGUGUUGGCCUUUGUGAAAAAGCAGCGUCUGUUUUCAAACCUUCCCUCCAGUGUUCUUCCAGCCCUUCUGCGGAGUUGGCUCCAGGUAACUAAGACCCCGGGUGUGAUGAGGUCCUGGAGUGUGGACAGUGCAGGAUAUAUUUAAACAAACACAUUCCAGGAUGGCGUCAGUGCAGAUGAGGAUGAGGGAGUUGUGGUUACUUGGUGUGUUAAGGGCAGGCUGCAGUCUGAGGGCCUUGACCCCCUCCCUGUGUCCCCCCUCCCUCACCAAAGAAAAGCAUCCUUCUGAACUGUUUCUUAGCUCAGUUUACUGAAUGAUUGCCAACUGUGAUUCUUCUCUUCGGGUUUUGUAGACUCAAUAUCAGACAUUCCUUCUCCCCUUUCUGGAGGGCUCCAGAGGGCUUUCUCUUGACACAUUCAGAUUUUGUUCUGGUUAAGUAGGGCUGCAUCACUGCCUGGGCCGCAGAGUGGCUGAGCAGGGACCUCAGAAGAAAA